GAAUAAUAUAAACUCGCUUAACAUCGAACUGCUUUAGUUUCUUGGAUUCUGCAUUUUGAAACGAGAUAAAUCGACUAUAUAGUUUACAAACUACUGGUUGGACAGCGAAGGUGUUGAGUAACCAAUUUGGUGUUGUCUAGCAUGUCUAACACAGAGCACACCAAGAUACUCGCUUACCAGUUGGCACAAAGAUCACCAGCACAAGUCAUCGCAGAGACCAUGACUCUAGUCCUCAUCGCAUUAGCAGCCCUCUUAGGGAACUCCUGUGUACUGUUUGUCUUUUACAAAUCCCCUCGCCUUCGUACUGUCACUAACUAUUACAUUAUGACCCUUGCUAUGUCUGACGUUGCUAUGGUGAUCGUUGCCAUGACUCCAACAAUAAUAGUGGCUGGCUCUGGACGAAAUGUCAUGGGGGUUACCGCAGGCCUGGUUGUUGGGUUUAUUGCGUACGCAUUGGUGUUUGGAACAUUGCAAACUACAACACUUAUUGCAGUCAACCGAUUCUUCUGUGUAGUUAAACCUUUGACUUACCGGAAAUAUUUCAAGCCAAAAAAUGCAAUCAUAAUGAUUAUAGGAGUAUGGAUUUUUUCGUUUUCCAAUACUGCUGUGGUCUAUCUGAGCGGGAUGGCAACGUCCAAGUUCUUCCCAGGGCGAUUUAUUUAUAUGCUUGCAUAUAAUGAUAAAACCACGGAGCUCAUCUUCCAGCUAACGUCGUGUAUCUUCUUUAUAGUAAUUCCAUUAUCAUUGACAAUCAUUUGUUACUGGAAGAUCUGUGAAGUUAUCAAGGGGCAUAACGAUGCAGUCUCUUCGUCUUUCCAUGUGGGACCAAGUGGAAGCAAUUCCUCGCUCAGUAAGGAAGAAGUCCACAUCACGAAGUCUGUUCUGGCAUUGGUUUGUGGGUUUGUUGUUUGCUGGAUCCCUUGUACGUCAGUAUUGUUCCUUUCAACUUACAUUAACCUUCCUCGACACGCUGAGAUGAUCUUCACGUACUCUACCUACGCUAGUAGUGCCAUCAACCCAAUUGUCUUUAACAUGUUCAACAAGCCGUUCAGGAGCCGACUAGUCCAGGUUUUGGGUUAUAAAACAAGGAGGAUUACAAAUGUUUCAAGUGUCAAUGCGCGCUGACAUGAUCAUUUACUCUCCGUGCACAAUUCAGCCAUUUUAAGGUUAAGGAAAAAACUGGGUGGAGUUGGCAUUGCAAUGCAUUGUGGGUCUGGUUUAGGAUUUAAAUCCUAGAAUGUGGAAUACUCUACCGUAAAAUUUUCAACCAAUGAAAAACCAGAAUUCCUGCGAGUCUAUAUUCCGCUUCUAACUCCCAGGGGUACUAUCGCUAAAGCUCCUCAUGAAAUAAACGACCCAUUCAGUUGAUGAAGGCUGUAUUUUUCAGCCGAAAAUUUUCCACAAAAGAAACUAGGUCAAUAAAGACUCUAUUGACUCUAAUAUGGCAUUA